AUGUCGGACGAAGUUCCCAAGCUCCACAAGAAGCAUUCCAGAGGGUACAAGGAUGAAUGCAAGUGGCUACCGCCCUCAUCCGAGCACAUGGACUUGGUCGCGCGACGCCGCGCUUCGAGGGCCGCUUCUUUUCGCAGGAGAAUGUCGAUGGCUCCGCGACACCGCUCGCAUUCGCACGCACAUGUAAGUCCCGCCAAGUCCAAGGAGUCCAAGGAGCACAUGGGCCACGCUCCAGAGGAUGCCGUGAAGUCCAAGGAGCACAAGGGCCACGCACCGGAGGACGCCGUGAAGUCCAAGGAGCACCUGGCUAUGACCACGGAGAGCCAUAAGAGCAGGGCUUGGAGGCACUCGAAGGUCCUACGCAAAGAAGAGGCAUACGUUCAGGAAAAAGUGCCAGGGGUGGACCUGUCGGCGAUCGGCUUGCACGACCCGGCCAAGCAGGAAGAGCGGCGUGAGCGGCGUGAAGCCAUGCGCGCUUUCGUGACCGACACCACGUUUAUCACGGUCGCCAUCAUCGUUUUUCUCGUCGUCGCCUCGGCUCUGGCUUGGCGGCAAGUCACGCAGGAUGCCCACGAGCUCUCCAAAUGCACCACGGCAGAGUGCGCAAAGUUCGCGGGCCUCAUCGCCAACGCGAUCGACGAGACCAAAAAGGCCUGCGACAAUUACUACCUGCACGUGUGCGGCGCCGAGAAUAUGCGUCUCAAGGACGCCUCCAGCACCAACGAGAAGAUUCGUAUCGCCGCUUUCGAGCUCGAAAGAACCAAGCUGCUAGCGAUGAAGGUGCCUGAGAAUGCGCAGACACCGCUGGAGAAGGCGGCCGCCUAUCUGCAGGCUUGCGAGUCCGUCGUGAACACCAGCAGCGUCGAUGAGGUGAGGAAGGCACUCCGCGAAGGGGGCAUCACUUGGCCCGACUACCCGGAUCCGUCGACCAAUCUCAUCGACCAAGUCUUCUACAUGUCAGCGAAGCUCUACACCGGCGUUUUCUUUCGCGUCGAGCUGAAUAUCAGUGUGGACGGCACAGAGCGCCCCGUUGUCGGCUUGAGCCUGGACGCGGACUACCUCUUCGUGCUUAAGAUGUUGGCGAAGCACAGGACGACCAAGCGCAUUCUGGGCCACUUCCAGCUGACGUACGCCACCUUCGCGCCCACGGGGGCGAUGGCCAACGACAAGAAGCGUCUUCAAGAGCUCUUCGACGACCUCAUCGAAGUCGGUCGCCACUUCGCCAACACCACCACCGAAGAAGCAGCCUUGGAUGACAGCGAGACGCUCGUGCUGCAACCCCGCGACCUACCGACGGCGGCGCCGCAUACUGACUACAAGGCCUGGGACGCGGCGUUGCGUCGCUACUUCAACGAGACCUUCGACAACGUCGGGUCGGUGACCAUAGGUCGCCCGAAGUACUUCAAGACCAUAUUCUGGGCCCUCGCCAAGUACGGUAGCCCCAAGCUCCUCGACGUGUUCGGUUGGGUGUGCGUGCAGUCACUGGUACACUACAGCAACUGGAAGUUGCUCACCAGUUAUUAUUUCUCUUCCGAGGUGCAGGCCCUCGCAGCGCACCAAAGACGCUGCAUCGUGCAAACGUACAGCGCCUUCCGCUUCGCCAUAAACGUCGAUCAGUGGAUGCACGUGCCCGAGGAUACGCUCAAGGAUAUUACCGACAUGGCGAACCAAGUAUGGCGGGCCUUGGGGACGAUUCUAAGCGACGAUCGACGGACGAUUCUUGGAAGCCGCGUACCGCCACCCAAAGACGCCUAUCUAGCGUCCAUAUUUAAACACCGUAGCAUCUCCAAGCCCGACCGGCUCGCCGCCUUCUACGCCGUUGUGCCGGCCUUGACCAAGAAGCCGCUCUACGAUUACGUGACCGUCAAGAGUUCCCUGGCGGCCCACUUGCGGGACCCGGAGUUCCAGGACAUGAUUUGGGCACGCCAUUUAGAGAUCACAGGCCGCAUUCAGGGUUACAGCCUGUUACCACGCGAACUGAAGUUCCCGUGGUUUGAACCCGGAGCGCCCUACGCCGUAGCACUGGCCGGACUCGGCGUUCGGAUGGCCGCCACGCUCUACUUCCAAAUGCUGGCCAAAAAUCCCAACGCCAAUAAGACCAAUGAGGCCAACUUCAGGUGUCUGGCGCCUUCCGCAAAGGAGGACACCGAUGUGGUCGGUGACAUUCCGGCCGCGGCCGCUGCUCUGCGCGUGGUCUGGAGAGCCUGGCAGAUGGCGAAGGCCCAGAACUCGAGCCUGGAGAUGAGACUGGGUCCUGCGCGUAGCGACGCCGUCGUGUUCGCCUUCCACUGCUAUUACUCGUGCGGCCGGGAUCCAUACAACGAGCUGCUCUGCAACGUACCCAUGAUGCACUCCGACGCCUUCGCGAGCCUCUACGGUUGCCCCAAGGGAGCCCACAUGAACCCGGAAAAGAAAUGCAACAUUACCACGUAG